AUGCAAAUGGCAUUUUCAAGAAAACAACUCAUCAACCUACAUCCCGACGUCGACAUCAACGCAGUAAUCUGCCAACCAGCCGGCCUCGACGAACCGCAAAGUCGACCCACAGUCAUCUUCCUCCAUUACUGGGGUGGCUCCGCCCGCACCUGGUCCCUCGUCACCCCUUACAUCUCAGCAAAAUACCAGACCAUCGCUCUCGACUUCCGUGGCUGGGGCACCUCAACCGGUCCCGAUUCCGCCUCAGCCUACUCCGUCACUGCCCUAGCCUCAGAUGUCGAAGCCAUAAUUAGGGCACUGCAUCUCAGCAAAGUCGUCCUCGUCGGCUUAUCAAUGGGUGCCAAAGUCGCCCAGCUCGUAGCAUCACGAUGGCAUUCGGAUGAGGCAGGCUCUCAAGCAACGGCGUUACUCGGUCUGGUACUCAUAAGCCCUGCGCCACCGACACCACUCCAAUUACCCCCUCAGAUGCGUGAACAGCAGAUACAUGCGUAUGAAAAUCGGGAGUCGGCCACUUUCGUAGCGAAGAACGUGUUGACGGCGUCGUUUCAGGAGAGAGACCUACCGGAAUUUGUAGUCGAUGAUAUGAUUAGGGGAAUUAAGUGGGCUCGUGAAGCGUGGCCUGCGUAUGCGAUGGGGGAGGAUGUGUCGGGAGAGAUUGGUAGGAUCGCAGUUCCGGUGCUGGUGUUGGCUGCUGAGAGGGAUUUGGUUGAGCCGAUUGAGAGAGUUCGGGAGGAGGUGUGUCGUCGGAUUGAAGGGGCGGAGCUACGGAUUCUGGCUGGCUCGGGGCAUCUUUCGCCUUUGGAUGUACCGGGGGCUGUGGCGGAGAAUGUUGUACGAUUCUUGGAUGGGUUAUGA